AUGUCGAAGCGACAGAGUUCAUUGAUGUCUUUUUUCACGAAGACUCCGAAAUCGGAUAAACCAGAUGAGAAAGGCGAAACAAAAGAAUCAAAGAAAGAUGAAGAUAAGAAAGUUUUGAAAAGAACUAACUCACAAACCGUCAGCAGCCCUGUGAAAAUAAUAAAGAACACUCCAAAACGUGCCAGAGUAGUAGUAUCAUCGUCAUCAGAAGGGGAAGACGAUGACAAAGAUGAAGAUUUUGAAAUGAACGAAGAUGAAGCAGCCAAUGAGUCUACAGAUGGGUCCGAAGUGGAUGAGAAUGCAAGUGAUGAUUGUGAAGUCACGUAUGAAAGUACUCCUCAAACAACACCCAAAAACACUCCAAAAAGAGCGAAAAAGAUGACGAAAAGACUCGUUGAUACUCCUAAAAGUGUGAAAUCAAGUGGGCUCUCGAAAGUCAGAAAAGUUAUUCCGGAUAUCGAUGAGGUUUCAAUGGUUGCAGUUAAAGAGAAGAUGAACAAAAUCAUGGAAGGAGGAGGUGAAAAAAGAAAGAAUGUUGAAAAAGGUGGCUCUAAGAAAAAACAAGAAGAAGAACCCGCAGAACGAUUCGAUCAUGAAUCACUUGACUGGCUCAAACCUGAUAAAAUUCGCGACGGAUGCAAACGUCCAAUGUCUGAUCCUGAAUACGAUCCGAAAACUUUGUGGGUUCCUCCAGAGUUCCAUCAAAAACAGACACCUGGUCAUCGGCAAUGGUGGACAAUCAAGUCACAACAUUUCGAUACGAUCAUCCUUUUCAAAGUAGGAAAAUUCUAUGAAACAUAUCACAUGGAUGCUGUUGAAGUUGUUCGUGCAUUGAAUAUUGCUUUUAUGCGAGGAUCCUAUGCUCAUGCUGGCUUUCCCGAACACGCUGCUUCCAAGUUCGCCGAUCAGCUGAUGAACCAUGGUUAUAAAGUGGCUCGAGUCGAACAAACUGAAACGCCACAAAUGCUUGAAGAGCGUAACCAAAAGACUAAAGCAAAGGAUAAAGUGGUCAGAAGAGAAGUUUGUAGAGUAACUUCGAAUGGAACUAGAACGUACGGAGUGCUUGAUGGAGUCGACUUAGGAAGUGCCGCAUCUACUCUUGAUCCAACUGCAAAACAUUUACUUGCAAUCAAAGAGUUUCAUAAUGCUGAAACUGGAAAGUCUUCUUAUGGAAUUUGCAUGAUUGAUACUACUACUGCGCAUAUCAGAAUCGGGCAGUUCGACGACGAUGACUAUCGUUCCAAACUGCGCACACUUCUGGCAAAUGUUAUCGUCGUGCAGACACUUGUGGAAAGAAACACUAUUUCGGCUUCAACCAAAUCUAUCAUCAAUGGAAUCCUUUUCUCUGUUCCGAUUGAGCAUCUUCUUGCAAAGAAACAAUUCAUGACAUCUGAUGAUGUCGUCAGGCUAGUUUCAAAUGAUGAUUACUUUGGAUCGGAUGUAUCCGGAUGGCCGGACGUUCUCAAAUCGAUGUUGGACGAAUCUAGUGUACUCCCUAAACCAUCAUCUGAUUGGAACUUGGCCCUUUCCGCUUUUGGAGCUAUUGUUUGGUAUCUACGAGACAGUUUGAUUGACGUGGACAUGUUAUCAAUGCGCAACGUCACCUUUUAUGAUUCCAAAACCUCGAAAACUGAGAAACAGUCGUCAAAAGACAAAAAAAUUGACUGGACAGGUAAAAAUCUCAUUCUGGAUGGUACAGCUCUUGAGAAUUUGAACAUUGUUCCCAAUGGAAGAGAUUCUCACCUGACUUCUCUGUACUAUGUCAUCAACAAAUGCUCCACUCCAUUUGGUCGUCGUUUACUCCGUUCCUGGCUUCUUCAGCCAACUUGUGAUCCGAAGAAACUGCAUCUCCGCCAAGAAGCUGUCAAAUGGAUGACUUCUUCAGAUGCAACUUCCUUCGUCAAUGUCGCCACAGCUACAUUGAAAAAGAUCCCCGAUUUGGACAGACUCCUUCAAAAAAUUCACACAAUCGGAUUGAAGUAUCGUGCGGAGAAGCAUCCUGAUAGUCGUGCGAUCUUUUUUGAUACCAUCAAAACGAAUCAAAAAAAGAUUGGAGAGUUGUUAUCUGCGAUUGAUGGUUUCAAGUUAUGUAACCAACUACGUAAGGAAUACUUGAAAGUUCAAAAGGACGGGGAAGGUUGCGAACUUCUCGAUGAAUUGCUUGGGAAUGAACAACAGAUGGAAGAAGUCGAUGAAAACAUAUAUUUCUUUGAGAAAAUGUUCGACCGUACAACUGCUCAAAAAGAUGGAAAAAUCGUUCCAAACGAAGGAUGUGACGAAGAAUACGAUCAAGCUACUGCAAGAGUCAAAGAAGCACUGGGCGAGUUGAAUGCUUACAAAGAUACGAUUGCAAAAAAAUACAGCUGCGCGAUCAAGUUUGUCGAUUCUGGAAAAGUCAAGUAUCUCCUCGAGAUGCCAGAAAAUGCUAAAGUUUCAUCAUCGUUCGAGUUAAAAUCUAGAAGAAAAGGAUUCAUUCGCUACUCGACUCCGGAUUCUGAAGAAUUGGUCGCUGCUCUUGAUACUGCUGAAAAGGAGAAAUCAAAGUUAGGAGAUGAUGCAACACGUCGUGUUUUCGAGCAGUUCGGUCACAAAAAUCCAGUCUGGCUUGAGACGGUUCGACUUGUUUCCAACUUUGAUGUGCUCACAUCUCUCGCUACAUUCUCAAACUCUUGUCCGUUUGAUAUGUGCAUGCCAGAGUUCGAUUUUGAUUCGACGAAGCCGUACCUCGUUGUUGAAAAAGGAGUUCAUCCAUGUCUCGCACUUCAAUCGAGAAAUGAAGUGACUCAAACAACUUCAUUCAUCGCUAACAGUACAAUUAUGGGUGAAAAAGAAGCGGCCGUCAUGCUUCUCACUGGUCCUAAUAUGGGUGGAAAGUCGACUUUGAUGAGACAAACCGCAGUUCUCGCUAUUCUUGCUCACAUUGGAUGUAAGGUGCCAGCGUUCUCAAUGCGUCUUACCCCGAUUGAUCGCAUUUUUACCCGAAUCGGAGCCAAUGAUCGUAUCAUGUGUGGAGAAUCUACCUUUUUCAUCGAACUGAAGGAAACAGAUAUUAUGCUGAAAAAUGCAACAAAACAUUCGCUUCUACUUGUCGAUGAGCUCGGCCGUGGAACAAGUACGUUCGACGGAACUGCCAUCGCUUCUGCAGUCCUCCAAAAAAUCGCGGAUGAUAUUAUCUGCCGUACAUUCUUUUCUACUCACUACCACUCCAUCUGUGAUUCAUUUACAAAUCAUGAAAAUGUCAGAUUGGCUCAUAUGAAAUGCGUCGUGGACAAAGAAAAUAACGAGGAUCCAACAAUGGAAGAUGUUACAUUUUUGUACGAAUUGGAAUCCGGAAUUUGUCCAAAGUCAUACGGUUUCUAUGCUGCCAAGCUGGCUGGAAUCGAUCAUCAAGUAGUUCGUAACGCCUACGCUGAGAGCAAUAAGUUCGCGUCGAACUUGAUCAUUGACCCAAAGAUUCGUCACCUGGUUGAAUGCGCUCGUAAUGAAAGUUUCGAUGUCAGCAAACUGAGAGAAAUGAUUGAAGCUAUCUAA